AUGCCGGACGACCGCAAGCGCAAGACGCGACGAGACCGCGAGCGCCGCCGCCGCACGCGCCGCGCGAGCUCCCGGGACUCCGGAAGUGCCUGGGGCAGCCUGCCGCGGCGCCGGUCGCUUUCGAGGGGCUGGCUGCGGCGCACGAUGCGCCGGUCGCCCGUCGCCGGGUGCGCGGAGACCGUGCUCGCCCUCUACGACGAGUGGACAAAACGGCAGCGUGACCAGGCGAAGCUCGAGGAGGAGAGCCUCACGAAGGCGCUGUUCGAAUCCGCGUCGCGGCGAAGCGAGCUCGCCGCGGCCAUCCGCGCCGCGGAGCGCCGGGCCGACGAGCUCGAACGGCGUUCGGAGGAGCUCGAGCGACAAGCCAUCGAGCUCGACGUGCAGUCGCUCGCGCACGGCGGCCUCGCGGCCGCGGACGCGGCGGCCCCGGAAGAAGAGCCGCGCGGCGCCGACGCGUCCGCCGACGACGCCUACGCCCGCCCGAGCAAGCUCCGCCGCAGCCGCUCCUGCGGCUGA